AUGAUUUCCUCACUCAUUUUCUGCUUCAUUGUUGGCGCAGUUUUAGCAGCCGAAGAAGAAACUAGAUCUGCCUACAUCAAAACUCGAGAGAACAAGCGUUUACAAGGCUAUGUAGUCAAGAAAAUCGAUUCUACGGAUGAAAUGUCAUGCAGUAAAGCAUGUUUAAUGCAUUCUUGGUGCACCUCUUCUAACUUCAAAGAGUCCUCGGGUAACUGUGAACUGAACAAGCAUGAGUUCUCUACAACUGACGAUGACACCAAGCUCACUGAUAAUCCAGGCACAACGUUUUCAAUGUUUCUUAAGGUAAGAAAAGUUCUGAAUUUUCAUUGCUUAGACAACAAGGGCGUGCGUGUGCAGACGAGCCUAAUUUCCGCGUGCAAGAAGAAAUAGACUCGUGCACCCAGGCUAAGGCAACAACUGUUCAAGCGAAACUACGUAAAAAAAUAGAAAUUUGGUAAAACAGUGAAGUUGAGUUGUUGUAAAAGAGCACUAGCUAGCACUCGCAUUUCAGUCAUAUGUUUCGUAUGGGAGCGAGCAUCUUUUCCUUUCCCAAAUUUUUCAGUUCCUUAACAUUAUUAUCGAAGGCGAUGUUUUCUUCCCUUACAAGAGGCUUGCAUGUUUUGAAAAUAAAGUUAAGAGAAGUACAGAGUGCAAACAACUAUAAAUGUUAAAAAAAGAGGAACGCAGAACCGGCAAUUUAUCAGUGGAAUUUUUAUGUUCAACAUUAGAUUUGCGUUGUGCCGUUAAAAAUGUUGAGGGAUCAGUCUCUGCAAGCUGUAGGAAGUCGAUGGAAAGCGAUAUAUAUCAUUUUAGUUCACCGAAGUAACAUAUGAACAUUUUCCUCAGGGCUGCCUAAUGACUGGAUGCCUUAACGGAGGUUCUUGUUUGUUCGACGAAGGGAAAGAUGCGUUUGCUUGUUCAUGCAAUCCGCAAUGGAGAGGAGAAAAAUGCGAAAUGGGUAGGUCUAAACUGUUUUUGUUCCUUAAGUACGAUAGACUAUAUAGGAGAAGAGUGAAAGACGUAACCCGGCUGAAAACGAAGCACACGACUUAACGUUCUAUACUAAAGUAUAUGUUGUAGUUAAUUUUUUAUCCCAGGUAAUUUUUGUUUCUCUUUUGUUUUUGGGUAUGCUGAUGUAUGCUAAUGAAGUUGAAACAAAAGAAAAAUAAAAAUUACCUGAGACAAAAAAUUAACUACAACAUAUACGUGGCAGUUUUUUUAGAAGCAAGGAAAGAGUUAUAAUCUGCUGGCAGGUUUCCUCUAGCGAUGCAGUUGAUAUAAUCCUUAGGAAUUAAUUUACAUCCCGUCUAAUAUAAGAAAAGUAUGUAACGUAUGAGACUUUGGCGUUUACCGUUAGCCUCGAAUGUGGAAAAGGUCGACAUUAGAUCUGGCAAAAUUUUAUGUGACGCUCAAAUUAACGUAAAUGAUACCUAACACCUGGAUUAACCCAACAUGACGGCCGUUUUUAAAGAGAAAAUUUGCUUGCAUGAAUUAGACAAUUAUUUUGCUUAAGGCUUUUCCGGCGAAAAACUGGUCAAUCGUCUGAGGAAACAGAUUCUAAAUAGAAGUGUAAAUUGCUUUAUAGUUAGUCGUAAAGGAAACAAAGUGCCAAUGCGCAAACUUGGCACAAUUGUAUUUGCGCUUUUUCUCUGUCGGUGUAGCAGUUUCAACCCACCUUUGCGUCGUUUGUCGCCAUUUCUGCUGCCCUCUGUCGCUGUUUCAAGGCCCUUUCGCUUCAGUGUCGAAAUUUAACCUAACAGGGCCUCAAGAAAGUGGCCAAAACAAGUGCAAUCAACGGACACGCACCUAAUAAGGGUGAAACUAUACAAAACACCACUGUUGUUUGGGCCUGAUGGGUUUAAAGUCUGAAAAUAAAUAAAGAGAGAGUGAAAAUAAGACGACCCCAAAUGUUUUGUAUGCGCCUAAUAAGCCUGCAUUGCCAGAAAAACUGAGUAUGGACUCUCUCCUCCGCAGAGGCCUCCUUGUAUUGUGCGAGAUAGACUGCAAAACAGUCCGUAUUUUUGCGUAUUCAAAUACGCGCGAGCAGUCAAACAAAAGGUCUGGAAUGAGGCUGAAAACAGAGAGCGAGACUGGGGAGAGACGCUAAAAAUACGGACUGUCCGUUUUGCAUACGUUAUAUUCGUUCGAAUUACCCGCUUCUCCCAGCCACGGGCAAUUCCCAUUGGCUAAAUUUCGAUGCAAGCUGUCACCAAGCUGUCAAGUAAUGUUUUCAACAUGUCAUUCACGUUGUUCCAUACAGAGAUGAAUUGCUAAAGCUUUCGCUGUAAAAUGACAGAUGUUGAUCGCCUCGAUUUGCUCGCAAGAAUUGGGAUUUGUUUUAAAAUCGGAGCAGAGGGAAGCUUUGGAGUUGCUACUCAGGGGAAAGGAUGUUUUCUGUGUUCUACCAACAGGAUUUGACAAAAGCCUCAUUUAUCGGAUGUUUGUUCAUGCAAAGGGUUCUUCAAGUUCCGUGCAACGGCGGACCGUCAUUGUUAUCUCGCCUGGCUAAAAAAGCGAUCGGUAGGAAACACACGACUUUUACCUCAUGCAAACAUGCCGCUUGUUCCAAUGAAUUGUUCUCUCUGUCGAGUAGAUUAUGCUUUGGAGGAAAACGUUUUGACUGAGCAAAUGUGAAUUUUGGCCGCUUUAAAUAUAUUUCAAACUGAGAGGUCGUGACACGCAUAUUGAUUUUCUCUGGUAGGCAUGAUUUGCCCUCUGACGCAAGAGCAUUUUCUUUCUUGGCCCCUUUAGAAAUGUAAAGCUCUUCAUUGCGGCUGAUUAAGGGUUUUAGGUUGUUUUAUUUCUCCAAAGUGCCUCCUGGAUUUGAAUAAUUUUAAGCGAUUUUCUUUGUGUCCGUGAAUGUGACUUUUUCCUGCAAUAUUUUGUCACGCUGGGCCCAGCUCGUUAGCGUUUUUGGCAGGAUUUUAAUUUUUCACAGAUAGUAAUUUACAGAGCUAAAUCACCAAAACGUGGUUUGGAAUGAGGGGAUUUACUCAUUCUCUUCAAUCGCAAUAAUUGUUCAUUGUCAGUUGGCGUGUUCAGUUCUUCUCUAAUUUGCGAAAGCAUCGCCGCACAGUUUCCCGGGGCAAUUUCUAACCGUUGUUCCGCACGGAGAGCAAACUGCUCUUGUGGAGAAAGAUUCUCCUUCCUCGAGGACAACGAAAAGUUCGUUUUUCAGUAGGUCGGCCCACUUUGGUAACGUUUCCCUUUUUCUGGUAUCCAUUGGUAAAAUUGCCGAACUGUGUUUUGAAACAACAGCCGCACAUUCUACAAUUUGUCCAAAGCCCUCGGCUCUUUCGGCUUUCUCCCUCUUCGAGGAGCAGGCACAGGCUUUGUUGUCAUACUGCCACUUUCACUCAUUUUUGAUCCUCCACUAUAUAUAUACUACAUUUCACUAUAUACACUACAUUUCACAGGGAAGCAACGCUAAAAACUGUUUUGGAAUUACUGGAUUACAGCGUCAAUAAUAACACGCGAGUCUAUCAAAUUCACAAAGAGGGCGGAGUUGCGAACAGAUUUUUGACAGCUCGACGACAUUUUUGAACCCCCUGGUCGGAACGAACUCAUUGUAUGGAAAAUGGACAGUCGGUUUUUUUUCUCUCGCCUCACACGCCCGUAGGGCGUGUGAGGCUCGCGCGCUUCGCGCGCGUAAGACUCUUACGCCACGCUUUACCGAUUUCUUUACUGAUUUUGAGAAAAAAACCGACUGUUUUGCAGUCUAUGUGCGAGAGCACGCUGGGCACCGGCGCGCUGUUUAUUUUUUCGAUUAUUGCUAUUUUUAUACGGAUACCCAGCAGGAGCCUCUGCAGAGGAGAGAGGAGUAUGGACCAGUCUGAAAUGUCACAGGUCCCCACCCCCUAAUCCGUGCGGGACGCGUCUCUCUCCCCCGCGCCUUUAACGGGUUAGGGGAUGGAGACGAAUGACAUUUCAGACUACGUAUGGACAUUUUCGUUCAUCCGGGAAUUAAUAAAGGCGGUAUACAGAGAAAACACAUUUCCCUUUUGUGGGUCGGUAGGGAAGGACAUAACGAACAAACCAUUAGUUUUCCCAUGAAGUAGUGUGUCGUCUGGCCUAGCCACUUCCCUUAUUGUGGCACCCAAUCAAAGAAAACAGUAAUCAUCAAAAUGAUUUUCCACGAUAGAUUUCAACAGACGAUUGAAGGGAUCAUUCAGCAAAAAUUAUAUUUUUCUAAAUAAUUCAAUGCAUUCUAUUUACUAUUUUGCAGACAUAAACGAGUGUGAGACAGGAAAGCAUCACUGCGACUCCAAUGCUUUCUGUAACAACACUAAAGGCUCUUACAUUUGUACAUGC